AUGUCUCAAUCCCAGGGAACUCGAUUAGCUGAUAAAAUAGCCAUCGUUACUGGUGGAGGCUCAGGCUUCGGCGCUGCAAUCGCCAUCCGAUAUGCCCAAGAAGGCGCAAAGGUCAUAAUAGGCGACAUCAACGUCGAUGGCGGCGAGAAAGUAGCCUCAAACAACCCAUCGAGCAUCUCGUUUCAGAAGAUGGAUGUCACCAGCCCUGAGGACUGGAAGGCUAUCCUUGACCUUGCGACUUCAAAGUACGGGAAGGUAGAUAUCCUGGUGAAUAAUGCUGGAACUACUUAUAAGAACAAGCCAUCCGACGAGGUAACCCUGUCCGAAUUCGAGCGUGUCUUUAACGUGAACGUGAAAAGCAUCUUCCUCGCUUCUCAAUCCUUCAUCCCCCUUCUCAUCAAACAAGGCCAUGGUGGUUCAAUGAUAAACAUCUCCUCGACAGGCGCCCAGCGACCACGUCCGGGUCUAGUAUGGUACAAUGCGUCCAAGGGUGCGGUGUCAAACGCUACCAAGGGCCUAGCAUCUGAAUACGGCAAAUAUCAGGUUCGAGUGAAUAACGUGUGUCCGCUACUGUCGGGAACGGGCCUAUUUGAGAUGUUCACUGGCAUACCUGAUACGCCGGAGAAUCGGCAGAAGUUUAUUGAUAAUGUGCCGCUGGGGAGGUUGGCGGAGGCAGACGAUAUUGCAAAUAUGUGUUUAUAUCUUGGCUCGGAUGAAGCCAGGUUUAUCAAUGGUGGGGAUUUUGUGGUUGAUGGGGGGAAGUGUAUUUGA